GUGUACCUGGGUCGUCAGUAUCGCGCGCUCUCUCACCCCGUAGUGACGCCGUCGCAGCGCUCUCUCGCUCGCCCCGUCACUUUUUCCACUGUCACGGCUCGGAGCGAGUAUAGUUAGUAUCGCGCGCAUAACCUCUGCUCCACGAGUUUGAUUGUUCCUCCCGCAAGGACACAGCUGUGACACCGAGAGCGGCCAGUCGACGCGCGAGCUCUGCGAGUUCGUUGUCCGAUAUUCCCCACGAGUUCUGUACCAGUGUCCGUCGAAGGAUCGCCGACGAGAGAGAGAGAGAGAGAGAGAGAGAGAGAGAGAGAGAGAGAGAGAGAGAGAGAGAGAGAGUUAGGUAAAGUAGUAAAGUCGGGCUACCGGUACGAAAAGCCAGUGUAGCACGUCGCGCAGCUAACCAGUCACCUACAUGUACAUCUCAGCUGGAGGCAAAAAGCCGGUGCACACUGCUUACUUACAGCUCGAGAGUGGCACGCGAUAGCCACCGCGCAGCGUAGCACACAAGCAGCGCGUCACUCUUCGUCCGAGCAUCGCUCGCAGCACCGCAGGAGCGAUCGAGGCGCAAGUUCGAGGCGCAAAAUCGAGGCCGAUAAAAGGCGCGAAGGAAGCCAGCCAUAACCUAUUGCACGGUUCCCCGACCCCUUGCAGAAGUACAAGGAGAUAACACCGGCGGCUUCUUCAAAGCUAUCGGUCAAGCAAAGCCAGCAAGAUUACCGGCCGCGGCGGGGCUUGCGGCAAGUAUUGCGGGACUGCUCCAUCAUCCGCCAACAUUUCCUUUACCAGCUUCCGCCAGUCGUUCACCACCAAUGUUAACUACUUGAAACGAAGCCUGAGCUUGUCUUCCAGGUUCUCGUCGGGGGACCUAAGCUCGGAGCUCGACGAUGAACCGAGCCCGAGCACGGGGCUGGCCUCCGUGGGCCGGCAGGACUCGGCUGCCGUCGGGCCCCAAAACUAUCAGGGCCUGGCGGAGCGCCCGCUCCAGUCGCAGCCCCAGCCGAUGCCGCCGCCCAGCCAGCCGGUCCCCGGCGCCCCGCCUCCCGGGAGCGACCUCAGUCUCAACCUGAGGCCUAGCUCCAGGACCACGAGUGCGCCCUCCUCGCCCGCCAAGACGCGCGAGAGCCUGCUCCAGAGGGUCCAGAGUCUCACCGGCGCCGCUCGCGACCAGGGUGCCUCGAUCCUGGGAGCAGCAGUAUCCGGAGCUACGCGGGGCCAGGGCUUUGGCGGCAAGGACCGGUGCUUCACGCUGCUCGUGAUAGACGACCAAAACACCGACUGGAGCAAAUACUUCCGGGGUCGCAGACUGCACGGCGACUUUGAGAUUCGCGUCGAGCAGGCCGAGUUUCGCGAGCUCUCGUUGACCGCCUGCGAGAACGGCACCACCGUGUCCAUGGCCGUCUUUCGCAACGGGACCAAGGUCAUCAGGUCCUUCAAGCCGGACUUUGUGCUGAUACGCCAAAAUUUGCGGGACGCCGGCGAGAACAAUAAGAAUCUGCUGCUCGGGCUGAUGUACGGCGGCAUACCCAGCGUCAACAAUCUUCAGGCGAUUUACAACUUCCAGGACAAGCCAUGGGUCUUCGCUCAUUUGCUGGCCCUCCAGCGUCGCCUCGGCAGAGACGGCUUCCCGCUCAUCGAGCAGACCUAUUAUCCCAACCAUCGCGAAAUGGUGAGCGCACCGAGGUACCCCGUGGUGGUGAAACUGGGCCACGCGCACGGCGGCACCGGCAAGGCCAGGGCUGAGAACAGCCAGGAGUUUCUGGAUCUGGCCUCGCUCGCCGCGCUGACCGACAAUUACUGCACCGCCGAGCCCUACAUCGACACCAAGUACGACGUCCACGUGCAGAAGAUCGGCAACAACUACAAGGCUUUCAUGCGCAAGAGCAUCAGCGGCAACUGGAAGUCGAACACUGGCUCGGCGAUGCUGGAGCAGCUCGCGGUGACGGAGAGACACCGCUCGUGGGUCGACCACGUGGCCCAGUUGUUCGGCGGCCUGGACAUCUGCGCCAUAGAGCUGCUGGUCGGCAAGGACGGCAAGGAGUACAUCAUCGAGGUCAACGACAGCGCCCUCUCUCUCAUGGGCGACUCCCAGGAGGAGGAUCGUCGCCACAUCGCCGACCUCGUCACCGCCAAGAUGCAGGCCUACUGCCGACCGCCUGCUGUGCUGACGAAGACAGCGUCUCGCGGCUCCAUGUCCAGCUCGUCGCAGGUGACGAGCCCAUCGGAGGACAGGCCAGCCGGGCCCGGUGUCGCCGCCGGCGCGGGCAUGGCCGGCGUGCCGCCCGCCGUGGCCGGCUCCCACGGCAGCAUCAGCUCCAUCACCAGCGGCAUCGGCUCCGCCGAGGUGACCAGCGCCUCCUCGGCCACCGCUGCGGUCGACCAUCACCAGCAGCUCCAGCGCCGCGACUCCCAAGCCUCGCAGUCGAGCUCGGUGAGCAGCAGCGCGCCAUCGGUGGGCCGGCGCCAGGACGAGCCGCCGCCGGUGCCGCCGACGUCGCGCAUGCCGUUCCAUCGCCAGGGCAGCCAGUCCCAGGCCACCGGCGAGGACACCGAGGACACCAUGAAGAACCUCAGGAAGACCUUCGCCGGCAUCUUCGGCGACAUGUAAACACCAACUGCUAAGCUGCCCCAGAGGGAAUUACGCACGUUCGGGCGACUGUGCACCACCUUUUUUCAGACUUUCUUCGUCCUUCCUUUUUCCCGUUCGACGCUGAUGCCAGAAGAGGACAGUGAAGUUUUCCUUUUCCCACAUUCAAUAUUCCUACGCGCACGAUAUACGUCGUCGAGCAGUUUUAUUAAGGGCCGAAGGGUGUAAUACACACGAUGUAAUAGCCAUGCUGAGACUGAUAGGCUCAAACGUUUUUACAUUUCUUUGUAAUCAUCUAUCUAUUACGGUGAACUAGCACACAAAAGACUCGGAGGGAGACGCGACUCCCUUUCCCCCUUUCCUGCGUAUAGGAACUUUUGCACCCUCCUCGCGAGGCAGCUGACACUUUUACGUUUAUACUUUUUUUUAACGCGUAUACCAUAUAUUAUUAUUUCCGCGAAUCGCACGACCAAAUGAGUAUGAGAGUAUCGAAACAUUCAGUACUAUAUAUAUACUUGUAUUUCUGCAGUCUGUGUGGUUUCCUGCGGAAACCCGCCGUCGUAGUUAUAUAUCUAUGCAAUUUUAGGUUCGCCAAAGCUUCAACGAUUCUAGUCGAAUGUACGAAUAAUUUAAGGAAACGGAUUUUCACUAUUUGCUUUGCAACGGACUCUAGUUUUCUGAAUGAUAAUAGCAAUAAUCUUGAUUCCUCGCGAGUCUUAGGCCAAUCGUGACUUUUGAAAUUUUGAUCGACGGAUUUUAUAAUUAAGAAUUUUCGAGCGAAUUUUACGCAUUUUUUCAUUUGAAGCUCACUUUUCGUUUGUAAAAGCUAUAACCCAUUUGUUGUUCAUUGUUCAUUGGAAAAGUCGAUGUUUUAUUCGUAUACACGAAUAAAAUGGAGAGAAAAAAAAAUUGAACAAAACUGUUAUUUGCUCAACCAUGUAUGCGAGCACGCGCUGCGAAUUGAACAAACAAGAGACGUUAUUACAUAUUGAUUAGUACGUGAUCGUAAAGUUGAUGCAAACAAACAAAAAAAAAAAAAAAAAAAAAAAA